AUGGCUGGUCGAACUCUUUCUGUCAAGUACGGCUUAGCAGCGGCAGCUGCAGUAGCCAUUGCUUCGCUACUGCCUGUCACUCAGUCUACCAACUUCCCAAAAUGGAAUGGCAUCGGUCCUCAAGUGACACCCGAAUUGACCCGUUCGCUGACGGAGCCAGCGGGCCAUCUGCUUCGGCAAGACCUCCAAGACCCGUGCUACUUCAUCACACCGUUGGUCGUGGAUCCCGACGGAUACAACGACCGAUGUAGCCCACCACUCAACGGACCUUGCUUCGAGCUCGUGGGAGCGUCGAUGAAAGGUGUCUCGGUCGAACCAUGGUACGAGCCUGACAACAUCACCGAUAUCUUAGUACUGGCAGCGGAUUCUGCCACUGCAUUUGCAAUGAAGGAUCCCAGCGUUGCCUUCGAGGUCGAUUUCCACGCCUAUGGCGACUCCAAGUUUCGCUACCUCAACUACGAUCCUGUCACAAAUUGCUACGACGUGGUGCUGGAGAGGAAGAAGGACACGCUUCGCCACAAGCGCUGGAGGAUCUCUGUAGGAGAGACAGAGAACGAUAGAGAUCUUGAUACACUCAAUCGGCACUAUACUACCACGAGGUUCUGUGCUGAGAAGCUAGUCAUCAACAUCAGGAGACAGCCCAAGAAAAGAUCCUAG